AUGGCCUCGCGCCGCACCCUCUCGUCCUAUCUCGUCUCCCCCAAGGAGCUACACGAAGCUCUCGGCGCGGCCCCGCCAUCGCCCAUCAGCCCUGAUCCUCGCGUGGUCCCUCUCUGCGCCGCCUGGUUCCUUCCCAAUGAUGGACGGACGGGAAUCCAAGUGUUCCGGGAUCAGCGCAUCCCCAAAGCGCGCUUCUUCGACCUGGACAAGGUCAUUGACAAGCGCAGCCCGUACCCCCAUAUGCUGCCCGACGCAAAGCGCUUCGCCGGCGCCAUGAGUGAGCUGGGCAUCAGAAAGGACGACACGGUCGUCGUCUACGACACCAAGGAACUCGGCAUCUUCAGCGCUCCCCGCGUCGCCUGGACCUUGAAGAUCUUUGGCCACCGCAACGUGCACAUCCUCAACAACUUCAAGCUAUGGGUUGAGCAAGACCUGCCCACCGAAUCGGGCGAGUUCUACAACGUCGAAUGCUGCCCAUAUCCCAUUCCAGAACUGGACGCGAGCAAAGUGGCCAGCUUCGACAAGGUCAGGGAGGCUGCCCAGGACCACAACAAGGAGGGCGCAGAGGGCGUGCAGAUUCUGGAUGCCCGGCCCAACGGCCGAUUCAGCGGCAAGGACCCUGAGCCCCGGGAGGGCCUGUCGUCGGGACACAUGCCCGGGUCGCUGAGCAUUCCCGUUAGCGCGGUCUUGGAUCCUGAGACCAGGGCCUAUCCCUCACCCGACAAGCUGAGGGCCAUCUUUGAAGAAAAGGGCGUCGAUGCGACGAAGCCCAUCAUUUCGACUUGCGGUACCGGCGUGACCGCCUGCGUAAUCGAGACGGCUCUCGACGUGGCAGGAUACGGCUCCGCCGAGGCGCGCAAAGUCUACGACGGAAGCUGGACGGAAUGGGCCCAGCGAGUGCGGCCCUCUGACAACUUGAUUCUGAAGGCGGAGUAA